AUGACAGUCUCAGUAGACGCCCUACUCAGCACGACAGGUCAGCCACUAGACUACAAAGAACUAGAACGUCUCCUCCUAAACAAGGAUGGUCAAACUGCUCUCCACAAACGUUUCCGAGCCCUGUUUUAUCUCAAGGGGCUUGGAACUGAACAGGCUAUUGAUAUCAUAUCUAAAGCAUUUACCGAUCCAUCGGCCCUCCUCCGUCACGAACUAGCCUACGUGCUAGGCCAAAUGAAGAACUCGUAUGCAAACAAGACGCUGUAUACUGUGCUGUCGGACGUUGGAGAGGAUGCGAUGGUUAGGCAUGAGGCCGCAGAAGCACUCGGAGCAAUCGCAAACCCCUCCGCGCUACCAGUACUCGAAACAUAUCGCCACGAUCCAGUGCGUGUAGUGGCAGAGACGUGCGAGCUGGCUAUUGAGAAGAUUGCGUAUGAGGAGCGGAAGAGCAGGGAUGGUGGGAGUGAGGAUACGUCAAGUAUGUAUACCUCAAUCGAUCCAGCACCUCCAAGCACCAUACCCAAAACAACAGCACAGUUAAAGGAAACGUUAUUGGAUUCUUCUCUGCCGUUGUUUGAGAGGUAUCGGGCUAUGUUUGCGUUGAGGAAUAGAGGCGAUGAGGAGUCUGUGCUCGCUCUCGCAGAAGGAUUCAAAGACGAGUCGGCGCUAUUCAGACAUGAAAUAGCAUAUGUCUUUGGACAAAUGCAGCAUACGGCUUCUAUUCCUUCCUUGAUUAAGACACUAUCGAAUGAAUCCGAAGAAGGAAUGGUUCGACAUGAAUGUGCUGAAGCGCUAGGGUCAAUAGCUACAGAUGACUGUCUGCCUGUUUUGCAAAAGUAUUCGAAAGAUCCUGUGCGGGUUGUUAGAGAGUCGUGUAUUGUGGGACUGGAUAUGUAUGAGUAUGAGACUUCGGGGGAGCAGUUUCAGCCGUUAUAG